UAUCCGGGUAAGAUGGCCGCAGUCGGAGAGUGCUCGCUCUCCGUUCCUUGGAAGUCGGUGUCUCUCACUCACGUCGAGUAUCCUGCAGGUGACUUCACUGGCCGUCUCCUUGCCUACGUGAGCCUAGGCCCAAUUUUCAUCAUUGUCGGCUUUAUCACCCUCAUUGUUUUCAAGAGGGAACUUCACACGAUCUCGUUCUUGGGGGGGCUGUUCAUCAACGAAGGCGUGAAUUGGCUAAUAAAGAAUAUCAUUCGGGAGCCACGGCCUUGUGCGGAAAUCCACUCGUCAGUAUAUUCGAAGUACGCAAUGCCUUCCAGCCAUUCCCAGUUCAUGUGGUUUUUCUCCAUGUACUCUUUUCUCUUCCUGUAUUUAAGAAUGCACCAAACAAACAACGCCAGAUUCCUGGACUUGUUGUGGAGACACGUGCUGUCGCUCUGCCUCCUAACAGUGGCCUUCCUAGUCUCAUACAGCAGGGUCUACCUGAUGUACCACACCUGGAGCCAAGUGGCCUACGGAGGGCUUGUAGGAAGCAUCAUGGCUGUCGUGUGGUUUGUCUUCACGCAGGAGAUUUUAACGCCAUUGUUCCCACGGAUAGCUGCGUGGCCAAUCUCAGAGUUCUUCUUAAUCCGAGAUACCAGUCUCAUUCCAAAUAUCCUGUGGUUCGAAUACACGGUCACCAGAGCAGAAGCAAGGAACCGACAGCGUAAGCUGGGUACGAAGCUCCAGUGAACUUGGGAAGCUCUGGAAGUGGACUGCACAACUCUAUCGACAAGAGUGGGGCCAGACUAGAGACCUGUACAGAGAAGUGGAGGAGGAGGAGCCUUUUAAGAGACGGACCAAAAGGAACAAGCAGGGACCAGGUCCUGUAGACCCAGAGGCCUUGACAGCUAGCAGGCUGCUCCGUGCUGCAUGUUGGGGACCGAACUGGAGCAGAAUCCAUUUAUACUGCAGUUGCACAGCGUUGGUUAGGAUCUGACCCUCCUUUGGGGCACAAUCCACUGGGGAUGUUUCUUGCACAAGCCCCCCUCCCCCCCCCCCCGCAAAUGGAAGAGGCCCACAAGCCCCUUUCUUGGGCAGCUCCCACCCUUUUCAGAACAAGGGCUUCUGUAAGACGGAACUCUGGUAGGUUAUGCCUGUGAAUUUUGGAAGUCAGGGGAAGGGAAUUGGGGCGGGGGGGGGGGUCUGUGGAGGAUAUACCUGGUGUCUUGUUGAUGGGAGGGGAUAAGCAUAUAUAGCUCUGUGACUUUUUAUUAAUUUCCCCCCUUUUUUGCAGCAUGAAAUAUACACACUAUUUAUUAAUUUUUUUAAAAGGAAUUGUUUGUUGCGAAGGCGGGGAAGGAAUUAAUUAUUGUUCAUGUGUUUUGGAAGGUGACACAUUUAAUCUUUGGCUGGGGCGGGGUAGCAGAAGAAGCGCCAAGAGGCCUUUUUGUUUAAUUUUCACGAUCAUGACUGUUUGGGACUUCCAGGCCCGUCCUCGCUGCACUUUGUAACUAAAGGACUAAAGGUUUGCUUUUAACACUAGUGACAUUUCUGCACGCAAAGCAACACAGGAUGGGGUGCACGCAGGGGUGUGCGUGAACACAGUGGCAAAACCUGCACUACACUGUUUUUCCCUCUUUCAGAUUCUUAUCAUGUUUACUGGGAAUCCCUGUCUCUUUUUAAAAAUUUGUUUAAAUUGAGUGCCAAGAACUUGGUCUACAUUACCAAACAAGAUUCUCCCCCACCUUUUUACCUUGCCCUCGAAACCUUCUACUUAAGCUUGCCAUCUCUUUACUCUCCCUUCCACUCAGCUCUUACUUCAAACCUUGUUACUGAUUGUUUUUAAAAUGCAAAAAAAGAAAAAUCCUUAAAGGAAGCCACUGUUAAGGCACACCUAUGGUUUAGAAUUAGCCCUAAGCUACCCCAAACUUUUAAAUACUCAAUAAAAUGUUUUUAUGGUCAA